GUGGUGUAGUGAAAUGACAGGGAAGGACGCUAUCCAUUUGUUGUGGGUCCAGUAGACACAAAGAGGUGUGAGCAAUGUACGAGUUUAUUCAGAAACACUAACCACUGCCUUUCUUUUGGAUUUGAUUGCAAUAGGUUUUUUGUUGUUGCGUGGAGCGCUGUAGUUCCGUUUAUCAGUUCAGUUAGUGACGCUGACGUUACCAAGGCUUGCAAACAUGUUGGCUGGCUAGCUUGGUAACUAGCAGCAACUUACACACCUACCUACCAUUGAUUUGUGUUUUUGAAGGAGGAGGCAUAUGGAACGAAAUGUUGUUGGAGAGGAUUUGCAUGCAUGUUGUGGCCACAAUACUGUUGAUUUGCACAACACAACACAACAUGUCCUUAUCAAUGGGGAACACCAUGCACUCCACGGAAGCACUUCGGGAAUUCCAAGCAAAAGAGAGAAAGACCAGAGCCAGUGUCAAGAAGUGCCUCUCUCGUGCCCUGUCAGAGGAUUUCACAAGGUUGCUGUCGGAGGAGCAGGAAGCAGAUGUCACUCUGUGUGUGGGCUCGGCCCGUCUCCGGGUACACAGGGCGGUGCUGCUGGCCAGGGCUGCUCACCUGCUGAAAGGCGUGGCUCCUGGCCAGUCAGAGGUCAGCCUGGAGGACUGCGAUGCUGCUGAACUCAAAGAGUUCAUCCGGAGGGUGUACUCAACUGACCAUUGCCCAGGGAAAAUCAAAGGGCUACCAGAGGGGACGCAGAUGAAUGGGGUGCAUGCCGACGUGCCUGGUUACCUGGACUCCACCUCCUGCUUAGACUCAGACGCGGUGGUCCUGGAGCCGGCGUCUGGGCUCGGAGGUGACCUGCUGGCUCUGUACGAGAGCGGAGAGGCAUGUGACAUCACUAUCCAGGUCGGAGAGAAGCACUUCUCCGCCCACAGGGCUGUUUUGUGUGCACGCUCACAGUACUUCAGAGCCAUGCUAUGCGGGAGCUGGAUGGAGAGUUCGAGACAGAGCAUCACACUCCAAGGCCUAGGUCCAGAUGAAAUGGACGUGUUACUUCAUUUUAUGUAUGGAGCCAUUCUGGACUUGCCGCCAGGGACCAACAUCAGUCAGGUGGUGAUGGCGGCAGACAUGCUGGGGCUGGAGGGGCUGAAGGAUGUGGCUGAAAUGGUGCUGACUCGUGACUACUGCCGCUUCUUCCCCAAGCCAAUGGAUGGAGUGCAGAAGACCGUCUUGGAGUGUCUGUCCAUCUGCCAGUCCAUUGGCCUGCACAACCUUUACAACUCAUGUCUGAAGUGGCAGGCAGAACAUUUUGUCAAGUGCUGGUGUGAAAGGAGCUUUGCCCUGCUGCCGCCAGAACUCCAAAGAGACUGCCUUAAUGCUGUGAUACGAUCUAUGACUGUGCAGACUGCAAUGACGGUGCUCUGCGGGAGCGAUCAGUUGAUUGGCUGUUUGCCAGAGGUGAAGUGGGCGAGGCAGGUGCUGAGUUUGGCCAAUGAGCUUCAAGAGCAAAGCCUGCGUCUGACCGUCACUUACCUGCCCCAGGUCACACACACACAGGCCUUCCACAACUUCCGCAGGAGAGAGACGUUCACCCAGGACCCAGCUCUGCUGCGUAAGCUGUGUGCGGCGGUGCGGGAGGCGGUUGCCGUGGAGAACUGCUGCGAGCUGUUUGUGGCGGUGCAGCAGCUGUGCGGUGACGGCCCCGAGGAGACAGCCAUGCUGCUGGACGCCUGCGCCUCUGCCUCUAGCCCCGAGGACCCCCAGCAGCAGGAGGAAGUGGAGCCAUUCAGGCGAGAGGUGCGGGCUCUGCGUGCAAAGCUCUGGACCUUCCUGCUCCAGUCCUACUUCGCCGUGCGCCACACCAAGGGAUGGGAGAGCCUGCCGGCACGUCACCGAGAGCGGAUUCAAGCAGCUGCGCUAGAUAAGGGAGACAGCAAGAGACUCAGCAAAAAGCCUGUUCUCACCAGCUCUCAGCAAAGGCGUGUGAAAUGCGCCUCAGGUCCUGAGUCGCCGUCUGAGAGCCCCCCCCCACAUCGGCCCCUCCGGGCCUCCAGACCCCCUCAGCGCCCCUCCUCCUCCUCCCCCUCGUCACCGGCUGCCCGGAGCAGCAGCAGCAUGAAGUCGGAUGGCCUGGGCACCCCUGCCCACACCUCCCCGGCAGGGAGGGGCUCUGCGGCUGGCAGGGCCAGCAACGGAGACUCUCUGCGGGCCAAGAGCGACAAGGCCCGGGCCCCCGCCGACAGGAGCGCCACCGCCAAAGCCAAGGCGACCUCCUCAGCCGCUACUGCCAGCAAACCAGUCGUCAACGGCACAGCAGCAGCACGGAGGGCGGAUGGCAGCUCCACCGCCAACGGGCCCAAGGGGUCACCCACGGGAAAAGCAGGGGCCUCGAAGGACGCUCAGGACAAGAAGCUCGCCACCACAAGCACGGGCGCCAGGUCCAAAGCAACGGCUGCCAUGGCAAGCACCACAGCGGGUCAGAACAGGACGGCUAAGCCCUCCAAGCCGAGCACCGCGAGCAAGGACUCGCCCUCAGGCACCGAGGCCCAGCCAACACCUUCUACGUCGGGCAGUGCCUCCCCGGACAACAGCUCUGGGAGCCUCCGCCACAACGGCAGCCAGUCGGCAGCAGGUCUCAGGCCCAAAACACAAGCCAAGGUCAUGUCCAAAACCACACUGAGCAAAACCAGCCCGAAAGCCGAGGCGGAGAAGACAAGCAGCCCUAGCAACAGUGCCACUGGGAGGGAGGCCAGCAGAGCCAAGAGCGGAGCAGCCAGCAGGCCCACCACAGCACCCUCUGCAGGCCGGACGGAGAGCAAGGGCCGGGCCACCUCAGCCGCCUCUGGCCCCAUUGACAACCACGUCUCAAGACCAAGCUCAGCACCCAGCGCCAGGAAACCGGCCUCCCCCAAGAAAGAGGAGGAGAAGGACAGCAGCAAGCGGCGCGUGGCCAAGCCUGCCCCGGCCACGGCUGCCAGCAGAGCAGCCAAAGCCCCCGCCGCUUCCUCCAAGACCUCCCCUGCCUCCAGCAGCAAAGCCACACCAAAGGCCAAGGGCUCCGUCGAGGCGCCGAAAGCAGCUGGUCAGGCCAAAGGCGCCGUCACGGCCAAGAGGACAGCAGCCACAGCCAAGGAGACCACAAGCUCCAAGAACCCUGAGACCAAAGCGGCUGCAUCUCAGUCCAGCAUCACGGCGGCUGCCAAGCCAGGUACGACGGAGGCGCCCUCUCUAGUUGAACAGGGAGAAGGUUCUGGAAAAACUCCGGUGUCGUCACAAAUCAGCACAUCAGCAGCAGGGUCUGUCAGCACAACAGAGGCCAAUCCAGAACACCAGAAGGCUGCCGAUCAGCAAACACUCAGUUCUGUGAUCACCUCCAACAUUCCUGCCCAAUCAACCAGCACCGCUGACCAGUCCAGUAGACAAACAGCACACCAGACCCAACAGAUUUCUCAAGAAUCGUCCACCGUUGGUUCCACGAAACCUGUUCCUCAGCAGCGCUCCACGGACUCGGACGCUCCCGUUCCGGUCCCCGCGGGCACCCCAAGCAGCCUGGCCAGCCUGGGCAGCACACCACAGGAGGAGUCAUGGAGUGGCGGCCCGCGGCGCCCCCGGCUCCAGGCUAGCCCCGAGUCGGAGUCGGCCAGCGCGGCCAGCACCUCAUCGGACGACAUGAAGCCACGUUCAGAGGAUUACGAUGCCGGCGGCUCGCAGGACGACGACUGCUCGCAGGGCCGUGGCGAGGGCGCCUGGCGCUGCGGCACCAUGCGCUGCCCGGACUUCCUCGGUCGCAGCAGCAGCGACACCAGCACGCCCGAGGAGCUGAAGACGUGCGAGGGCCCCACGGCACCAGGAGGGGGGCCGCUCCGCGUGGAAGUGCGGCUGAGGGGCCGCGAGCCCGACACCACCAGCGAGGAGGAGGUGGCGGCCGCCAGGAGGAGAGGAGGAGGUGGCGCCGGGGCUGUUGGAAGGCCUCGCUCAUGGUUGGCUGGUGGUGGCGAUGACACCCCCACGCAGGAAGAGGAGGUGCCCGCGAUUGACCUUGGGGAGAUGAAGAACGUGCCUGACCAUCAGCUCUUCUCAUCCGAGGAAGAGGAGGAAGAGGAAGAGGAGGAGGAGUCUGAGGAGGAGACAUCUGAGGUGGAGGUGCUGCGGGGAGGAGGAGGAGCGGGAGGAGUGGGGCCUGCUCAGGCUGAACCCUCGCCCCAGUUCCAGGGUAUCAUCAACCUGGCCUUUGAGGACGCUGCUGACCAGGAGAACCAGUUCCAGAUGGCCGCUUCCUCCACUGCCGCGGCCGCUAGCACCACAGGCUUCCGCCGCUCUGUUCUGCUCUCCGUGGACGAGUGUGAGGAGCUGGGCUCUGAGGAGGGGGGCACAGGUGACGUCUUUGAAGCCCCUGCCAAUAACCACACUGACCCAUCCAGCCAAGACACUGAGGCCAAGGGGGUGGUGUUCCUGACCGAGGUCCAGGAGCUCGCGCUGGGAGAGAGCAGCAGGGACGGGCAGGACCCGCCUCCGCAGGAGAGGCCCUGCCACCUGGACCUCAGGCACGCUGAGCAGUACCGCGGCAGCAGACCCUCCGACAGCACACAGCGGGCUGAGCUUCGGCUGGACUUACCCGAACCGCCGCAGCACACAGCCAGCUCCCCCUCCCAGGCCUCCCACUCCCCUGCAGGGGACUUUGAUGCUUGUGACAGAUUGGAUCAAAGCUGCACUCAUAGUCGCCGUCCAUCCAAAGCCCUCUCUCCCAUCUAUGAGAUGGACGUGAGCGAGGCCUUUGAGCAGAACUUGGACGCGGAGGGGAACGCUGACGGGGACUCGAGCGUCACAGGACAGCAGGGUGAGGAGCGAGGACCGGGAGAGGAGGAGGAGGAGGAGGAAGGGGGAGGAGAGUACGAGACUGAGAACCAGGUGUGCGAGGAAGCGGACGAGGAUGAGAACAGUCAGUUUGCGGAGCGGGACUGGCGCCUGCUGCGGCAGCUGCUGACCGAGCAGGAUGCCAGCCUGGGUGUCAUCAACUCGGUGCCUGAGGACCUGAACCUGGCGCAGUACCUGAUCAAGCAGACGUUGUCACUGUCACGUGACUGCCUGGCCCAGCACGCCUUCCUGCCACACGAGAAGGAGAGCUUCAAGCGCUGGGCCGAGCUCAUCUCGCCGCUGGACGAGUCCACGGCCAGCAUCACAGUCACCAGCUACUCGCCUGAAGACGCCGCGUCCCCGCAGGGUGAGUGGACCAUCCUGGAGCUGGAGACUCAUCACUGACCAACCCCCCCAAAAAGAACUAUCCGUAACCCUGGCAGAGGCAGGAGUACACCUCACUCUUGUCAUCAAAAAAAACAUUUCCCAUUUCCCAUGAGACAUUCUCAUAAUUCUAUCUCUGGACUGGUACCGACACUUUAGGUCUGUGGACUCUGGGUUGCUAUCCUGGGAUGAGAGCUAGGCCUAGUCUUUCUCUGAACUCCAUCUGUGUCGAGAUUGUCCAUUAACAUCAGGGUUUAGAUCAGGACUAGGCUCAAGUUCUUUGGUCAUGACAGUAGCCAGUAUAUCAGUUAAAGUUCCUAUCCAUCGGUUUGAAAGGAUCAUUCUUUUUUUCGAUGAGUCACCUCUGUUGUUUAUUUAUGUAUGUAUGUUUGUUUGUUUGUUUAUGGACUUCGAAGCCGCAUCUCAUGCCACUUUGCCCAGAACCUGCCGUGCUUCUCCUCUUGAAAGGUUCUCCUUAUUAAAAAAAAAAAUGACAGAUUGUCGCCAAGGCAACUUGUUUUGCAUGCAGACAUUUUUGUAAUUCAGAAUUGUUUACUUGGUGUUUGCUUUAGUCUUUAUUAGAAAACCAAAAGGAAAAAAAGACAAGAUGUAUGUCUUUCUCAUGGCGUUGGUUAGAUGGCAUUUGCUAGAAAAUAAAGAACAUGUAGAUGGCCUGUUGGUUUACAUUUCACUGUUGUGAUGAAGCCAAUAAAAAAUGUGGUUUCAACUAUG